AUGGCGGACAUGGAGUAUCUGUUUGGGAGCGACGCCGAAAGCGAAGCUGAACGUAAAGAUUCUGACUCUGGAUCUGACUCAGAUUCGGAUCAAGAGAAUGCUGCAUCUGGUAGUAAUGCCUCUGGAAGUGAAAGUGACCAAGAUGAGAGAGGCAACUCAGGAAAACCAAGUAAUAAAGAACUGUUUGGGGAUGACAGUGAGGAUGAAGGAGCUUCUCAUCACAGUGGGAGUGAUAAUCACUCUGAAAGAUCAGACAAUAGAUCAGAAGCUUCUGAACAUUCUGAUCGAGAAGACAAUGAUGCCUCAGAUGUAGAUCAGCACAGUGGGUCAGAAGCCCAGAAUGAUGAUGAAGAUGAAGGUCAUAGGUCAGAUGAAGGGAGCCAUCACUCAGAAGCAGAAGGUUCUGAAAAAGCUCAGUCAGACGAUGAAAAAUGGGGCAGAGAAGAUAAAAGUGACCAGUCAGAUGAAGAAAAGAUGCAAAAUUCUGAUGACGAGGACAGGGCACAAGGGUCUGAUGAAGAUAAGCUGCAGAAUUCAGAUGAGGAGGAGGAGAAAAUGCAGAACACGGACGAUGAGGAGCAGCCUCAACUUUCAGAUGAUGAGAGACAGCAGCUCUCUGAGGAGGAGAAGGCUAAUUCUGAUGAUGAGCAGCCGGUGGCUUCUGAUAAUGAUGAGGAGAAACAGAAUUCUGACGAUGAAGAACGGCCGCAGCUAUCUGAUGAGGAGAAAAUGCAAAAUUCUGAUGAUGAAAGGCCUCAGGCCUCAGAUGAAGAACGCAGACAUUCAGAUGAUGAAGAGGAACAGGACCAUAAAUCAGACUCUGCAAGAGGCAGUGAUAGUGAAGAUGAAAUUUUACGAAUGAAACGCAAGAAUGCAGUUGGUUCUGAUUCAGAAGCGGGGAGUGACGCUGAGAUGCCGAAAGACAAUAAUGAAGCCAUGGAUCUAUUUGGAGGUGCAGAUGAUAUAUCCUCAGGGAGUGAUGGAGAAGAUAAACCACCCACCCCAGGAGAGCCUGUUGAUGAAAAUGGAUUGCCUCAGGAUCAACAGGAGGAAGAGCCAAUUCCUGAGACCAGAAUAGAAGUAGAAAUACCCAAAGUAAACACUGAUUUAGGAAAUGACUUGUACUUUGUUAAACUGCCCAACUUUCUCAGUGUAGAGCCCAGACCUUUUGAUCCUCAAUAUUAUGAAGAUGAAUUUGAAGAUGAAGAAAUGUUGGAUGAAGAGGGUAGAACCAGGUUAAAAUUAAAGGUACCGUCCCAUGCGUUACGCAUGUCACUGCACUUGGGCAACGAAGUGUUUGAUGUUUACAAAGCGCCGCUGCACGGUGACCACAACCAUCUAUUCAUACGCCAGGGUACUGGUCUACAAGGACAGGCCGUCUUCAAAACCAAGCUCACCUUCAGACCUCACUCCACAGACAGUGCCACACACAGAAAGAUGACGCUGUCACUUGCUGAUAGAUGUUCAAAAACACAGAAGAUUAGAGUCUUGUCAGUGGUUGGUCGUGAUCCUGAAUGUCAACGCACAGAAAUGAUCAAGAAAGAAGAGGAACGUUUGAGGGCUUCUAUUCGUCGGGAAUCUCGGCAGCGCCGCAUGCGAGAGAAGCAGCACCAGCGGGGGCUGAGUGCCAGUUACCUGGAACCUGACAGGUAUGAUGAGGAGGAGGAAGGCGAGGAGUCCAUCAGCUUGGCCGCCAUUAAAAACCGAUACAAAGGAGGCAUUCGAGAGGAACGAGCCAGAAUCUAUUCUUCAGACAGCGAUGAAGGAUCAGAAGAAGAGAAGGCUCAAAGACUACUCAAAGCAAAGAAACUCUACAGUGAUGAGGGAUUUCUUUUUUCUCGAAAGAGAAGAGCAGAAGAUGAUGAUAAAGCAAAUAAAAAGCAUAAGAAGUAUGUAAUCAGUGAUGAUGAAGAAGAAGAAGAAGAUGAUUGA